AUGUCGGUCAACGGAGAAAAAUAUAUGCUCUAUCACUAUGAACCAUCAACAGCCGCAUCUUGCGUUUUUGUAGUCCUAUUUGGUAUCUCCGCCAUCCUCCACAUCUACCAAUUAGUCUCCAAGCGAACAUGGUAUUUCAUUCCCUUCGUCAUCGGAGGUUUAUUUGAAGCCAUAGGUUACGUCGGGCGUCUCCUAUCUUCUCGCGAGAAUUACGGUGAUUGGACACUCGGACCCUACAUCAUGCAAACGCUUCUCAUUCUCAUCGCCCCCGCCUUUUUCGCAGCAUCCAUCUACAUGGUCCUCGGACGUAUCAUCGUGCUCACCGACGGCGAACAAUAUUCCAUCAUCCGCGCGCGCUGGCUCACCAAAAUAUUUGUCGCCGGCGAUGUUCUUUCUUUCCUGAUGCAAUCCAGUGGUGGUGGAAUGCUCGCUCAAGCCAAAACCGCUUCGAAUAUCAAGUUGGGCGAAAACAUCAUCACGGGUGGUCUCGUCGUCCAAGUUGUUUUCUUCGCUUUCUUCAUCUUCACGACCGGCAUCUUUCACUCAAGAAUCGUCAAAGCACAAGGCGGACUUCAAGCUUCUGCUGUACCAUGGCAACAAUAUCUAUAUAUUCUUUACAUUGCCAGUACUUUUAUCAUGAUUCGAUCGAUAUUCCGUAUUGCGGAGUAUGUCCAAGGAUCUGACGGUGCUCUUUUGUCGACCGAAACGUACAUCUACGUCUUUGAUGCUACGCUUAUGUUCUUGGUUAUGGUAAUUUUCAAUCUGAGACAUCCAAGUGCCAUCAUUCAAGGAAAGGGACAACAAUACUCGACUCCAGUUUCGACAGGAAGCAGAGAUGGAUAUCCGAUGGAGGAUAGAGUUCCAUCUGCGACCAAGUACCAAGGCCAUGGCUAUGCGAGAGAAUCCGUCUAG